AAUCGCACACUUGACCUCAAACCCUAGGCCUCACCAAUUUUACUCCGCCGCCGCCAAAUUCUUCAUCUUCCCCGCCUAGCCAAUUCUGUUGGCACCAAAUCUUCUCCGCCCAACUCCAUUACCGCGACUAUCUCAUCCAAAUCCCAUCUCCUUCCCCUCCUCAUCUUCCCUCCUCAUCCUGCAGCCGCGGCAGCCGGCCACCUGCACCUGCACCCCAUCCCGUCCCCCUCCUCGUCCUCGGGCAGCAGCGGCAGCCGGCUAGGGGCGCGCACCUCCAUCUCCUUCCCUCCUCGUCCUACAGUGGCUACGGCCGGCCGCCUACACUCCAUCCCCUCCCCCUCCUCAUCCUCGGGCAGCAGCAGCGGCGGGCUAGGGCCCAGGGGCGCCCCCAUCUCCUUCCCUCCUCGUCCUGCAGCGGCGGUGGUCGGCCACCUGCACCCCAUCCCCUCCUCCUCCUCGUCCUUGGGCAGUGGCAGCGGCCAGCCAGGGGCGCCCCCAUCUCCUUCCCCUCCUCAUCCUCAGGGGCGGCGUGCAGCAAGCUCCCCUUCCCCUCGUCGGCGUCAAGGGCGGCGGCACCAAGCAAACUGUAACCACAUCCAUCCCCGGCGGCUGCGGGUCAUCGCCCUUCAAGAGCACAUGGGGGUCAACGUCUGCCUCGUCCUCGUCGUCGACCUCUGCCUCACACCAUCAAGCUGCACCGAGCCAAGCUGCAAAGGGGAAAAGGGUACCUGCGUUGCAGUGCAAGGAAGGCCUGAAGAUGAGAAGAAAACUUCACUAUUCUCAGCUUUUUUUAUGUCCUAAUCAAAAAUUUUAAUGUGCAUUGUGCAAUUGAUCUACUAAUAAAUUUUGGUGGAAUGUGUAUUUUAUUUCGAUCUGCAAUUGAUCUGCUAGUAUGGUUGUGUUUUGAUCUGCUACUAUAUAUGGUUGUGUUUUGAUCUACAAUUGAUAACUCCCUUUUUUUUGUUUGUUUGAAUAUGGUUUAUGCUCCAGUAUACUUAUAGUUUGUUGUCGCAUUCUGAGCCAUGUCGAUUGAAGACCAUAGUUGGAUGUACCAAGGUUGGAAUGACAAUGGUUGUCAUUCACAAGAAUGGGUCAGCAACACAAAUGCCUUUCUUGACAAUGCUUUCAGUAUUGGUUCUAGUGUUGAAAAAACUGGAGUAGCUUGUCCUUGUUCAGACUGUUGCAAACAUCGAAAUGGUGAGAGUGACGAAGAGAAUCAACCAUCAGCUGAAGUAGGAGGACAAUCUAAUGCAGAAGCUUUUCUUGACACUAUUGACGAGGAAUACCUAGAUCCUGAUGACUUUUAGGUGAAAAGCUAGGGAUGACAAUCUCACGUGGACGGACGCGUAGUCGGUCGUCCAACAGUUCUGUUGCUGGGGAGAACACAACUUUGAGUAACAAUGAAUCUGCUGAUCCUCCUGCAAUAGAUGAGGAACCUGAAGAAAGCUACUUGCAGGGUAGUGCAGAGCUUCCCCCCGCCAUUCCUAACAUGCAAGAUCGUCCAUUGAUUGAGCCAGUAGGAAAAUCGCAUUGGACUGAAGUAAAGGGAAGGACUCCUGCGAGUGUGUUAACAUGUUUGCUGAAGCACUAUCAUCCUGGUUUAGUUACCUAUAGAAGGAAGACUCUGGUUGCAACAACAUGGAAGCAUUUCCAAGCAGCAAAGUACUCAGCUGGGAAAUCCGUUGCUGAUACUGUUAUUGAAGGAUUUUUGGAAAGGUUUAGAUUCAACCUAGCUAAAGAAGAUGAAUCAAGAGAGGUUGUUGGUGCUUGCUGCUCAGACCUGCUAGGAAGCAUCAUGUAUUAUGCAAGAAUCACUGCUACAAUGGAUCAUUUUCGCAUAGUGGAGGGAAGAAAAAUUUGUGACAAGAUUGCCGGGCAAUUCUAUUUGACACGGGAGGAGUACAAACAAGACUGUUGGGAUGCUUUGGCCACUGAAUGGACCAGUCCUGAGUUCAAGGAAAGGUCUAAGAAAAAUUGUCAAAAUCGCUUGAGCAGGAGAUUUAAACCUCACAGAGGAGGAUCUAAUUCCAUUGCAGUAAUGCGACAGAAGAUGUCUAAGAAAUUAGGGAGAGUUGUAUAUGAACUUGAGGCUUGGGUCCAUACAGUCUCAAUUUCAAAGUUUGCAAAGCUUUAUGGAGAGUGUUGCUUUGCGUACUGGUAUGCCAGCCACAAGUGUUCCUUCUAACCUGCCACCGCCACCUCUGGCUCCCAGAUAUGCUGUUUCACCAUCUCCAAAUCCCUCACCUGAAAAUGUUGGUACCUUUGGCUCAUCUGUUGGAAUGGAAACUCCUGAAGAAACAUUGAGUAGGAUUGCAAGUGGAAAUUUUCACAGCCAUGUGAAUGCAACUACAAGUGGUGGCGGUACCUACUCUCCACCAGUAGAGGAAGACUUCCCAUUAUUUCCAUAGCAACUUUGGUUAAGCUAGCAUAUUUAGUCUCAUGUCACUUAGUGAAUCAGCUUGUAAAAUGUUAUUUUGCAACUAAUAUUAGUGGACCAUAAUGCUUGUAUUAGUGAAUCAUGGAGCUUCAGUAUUAGUGGACCAUCAAGCUUGUAUUGUUAAGUUGUUACCUACGUGAAUGUUUUAUCUUAUGAAAUUAAUGCUAUUGUUCCCAUUCACAUGUA